CUGUGUAUUAUGAUCCAAAAUAAAUAAUAAACCUCCCUAUCAACACUACUUCUGUUGAUGCGCGCAUCGCUCUUAGACAGGGUAUAAGUCACGAAGUUGGAGGACCUUACGACCCUCUUACAACUCUCUUGGGAGUACUGGAUUCUAGCACCCAACAUGGCACAACUUGAUCUGAAUAGCACCUUCGGUGCGCUUUAUAUCGGCGCUGCUAUCGGUGCAAUUUUUUUCGGCCUGAGCAAUGUCCAAGUGUUUCUUUACUUCCAGUCACGCAGAAACUCGGGAUUCACAUUCUACAAGUUUGCGGUAUGCUGGCUCUGGUUUCUAGAUGCUUUGCAUGUCGCUUUGGUGAAUCAUAUGAUAUACUAUUAUCUGAUCUCCAACUACGCAAACCCACUGGCUCUUCUUGAAAUGGUGUGGAGCUUUAAGGCACUAAUAGUCAUCGACGUAUGUAUUGUGUAUAGCGUGCACCUCCUAUACCUGCAGCGUAUAUGGAUAAUUAGCAGAGGGAGGACCAGAUUUCUCCCUGUGUUCAUGACGGUAUUAAUCGUCUUGGCAUCAAGUGUUGGCUUCGUUCUCUUCUGGGCUGUAUUCAAGUCCUACCUUUUUACGGACCUGGCCAAGAUUCGGUGGACCAUCUACUUGAGUUUGGGCACAAUGACUAUGAUCGAUUUUCUCAUCGCCUGUUCAUUGUGUUACCUCCUUGCCUCUGCCAAGACGGGGUUCACUAAAACGGAUAUGACACUCCGGACGCUCGUAAGAGACAUUAUUAAUACAGGAUGCCUAACAAGUAUGUGCUCGAUGGCGUGCAUCAUCACGGACGCAUCAAUGCCAAACAACUUCGUCUUCCUCGCAAUCGAGUUUCUACUGUCCAAAUUAUACGUGAACUCCUAUAUGGCUCUACUGAACGCGCGUCAUUAUCUAGGGUCGGAUGGAGGCUCCCACAGUUCCCAAAACCGAACUCCGCAUGUUUAUCGCCCAGAGUUACCGGUCGACGUUUUACGUGAAUCACAAGACAGAUCUACCCCCCAAACAUCCAACGUCGACAAGUUCCAGAUCUCUGACAGCGCUCUGGAGCACGCCAAUUACUAUCCUCCUGCCUCGGCUCGUUCCAAGAUGACUGAUAUGGUCGUAUAGAUGGUGUCGUUCUUGAAGCAAAAUGAGGUGGUGUCUGUCUAUCGGUGUCUCAGAGCUUGCUUACUGGCGUAAUACAUUAUGGAAUAUUUAACCCUGUACCUUUACAUAUUUGUUCGGUGCUGGGAUAUCUUAGUCGAGGUUUAUUUACUCGAAUAAACAACCCUUCAAUAAUCUCUCUGUUUCCCCUGGGACCUUUGACCGUUGUUUAGCAGUGAUUCCUGUCGUUCAAACGUUCAAGCUUGAAUCUCAGUGAGA